AUGGUUCCUCCACAGGUCGGGUAGAAUGACUCCAAAGAAACCUGCCAUGGCCAGCUGUACGGACGAGCCUCGACCCCGUCGACCACGCGGCCGGUGUGGGGCUGGUAGCUGGGGACCCCGCAGCUGGACACUGCAGACAGAUGAUCAAAGAGUGAUCGUCUGCGAGUUGAUUGGAGCAAAGAGAUAAAGAUCAUCAUCAUCAUCAUCAUCAUCAUCAUCAUCAGUGGUGCGCUCCGAGCUGCCUUUUUGGCCACUUUGGUGCCGAUCCGAGUGCGCGUCAGGGCGCGCAGCUUCAGGGUUCUGCUGCCCGGAGAGGUUCGGAGCGACUCGUUUUAAGGAUGAUAGUUGUUGGAUGUUUCCUCGUGUUGCUGUGCGGGAUCACGCGUGUCAUGGCAGGUUAUCCCAUUUGGUGGUCGCUAGCGGUGGGCCACACGUCGCUGGGAACACAACCCAUCCUCUGCAGUAGCAUCCCAGGGCUGGUUCCCAAACAGCUGCGCUUUUGCCGGAACUACGUGGAGAUCAUGCCCAGCGUGGCAGAAGGAGUGAAGAUCGGCAUCCAGGAGUGUCAACACCAGUUCAGAGGGCGACGCUGGAACUGCACGACCGUCAAUGACAACCUGGCUAUCUUCGGGCCAGUGCUGGAUAAAGCGACUCGAGAGUCUGCAUUCGUCCACGCCAUUGCCUCAGCCGGAGUGGCCUUCGCCGUGACCCGAGCCUGCGCCGACGGUUCCGCCACCAUCUGCGGCUGCGACACGCGACACAAGGGCCCCCCCGGCGAGGGAUGGAAGUGGGGAGGCUGCAGCGAAGAUGUGGAUUUUGGGAGCAUGGUGUCCAGGGAGUUUGCAGACGCCAGGGAGAACCGCCCCGACGCGCGCUCAGCCAUGAAUCGCCAUAACAACGAGGCAGGACGCACGUCUCUCAACGACAACAUCUUUCUCAAGUGCAAGUGUCACGGACUCUCGGGCAGCUGCGAAGUGAAGACGUGCUGGUGGUCUCAGCCGGACUUCAGGGCGAUUGGCGACUACAUGAAGGAUAAAUACGACAGCGCCUCAGAGAUGGUGGUGGAGAAACACAAGGAGUCCCGCGGCUGGGUGGAAACGCUGAGGCCAAGGUACAACUACUUCAAACCCCCCACGGAGCGCGACCUCGUGUACUACGAAGGCUCGCCCAACUUCUGCGACCCCAACCCUCAGACGGGGUCCUUCGGCACGCGCGACCGCGUCUGCAACCUGACGUCGCACGGCAUCGACGGCUGUGACCUGCUGUGCUGCGGCCGAGGCCACAACACGCGGACCGAGCGACGCAAAGAGAAGUGCCACUGCAUCUUCCACUGGUGCUGCUACGUCAGCUGCCAGGAGUGCGUCAGAGUCUACGACGUGCACACCUGCAAAUAGCGUCAGGACGCAGGGACUUUGGACUUCUGUCCACUUUAGUAAGAACUUGAAGAGGAGUUGUGGUGCUAAAAAAAAGUAUCUUACUGACCCAGAAAGGGUGAAUAUCAACACCAUAUUGGUGCUUUUCUUCAAUCUUUGUCUUCCAUGGAUUACGUUUCCUAAGAGUUGCAAAUUCUAUCGAGUCUGAAAACGGUCACAUUUAGGACAAAGCUACUGUAUGGCCGUCCUCAUUAGUGCGUCCACCAACUAACAUCAGGACUGCGAGAGCGUCUCCUGAGUGAAUGUAGUCUUCAAGUGUUUACAAAGUCCCACAUUCUUAGGCUAAACAAGUCAAGCCCUCAACCUGGUGAAACAACGUGGACUUUUACAACCAAAGACGUGUACCAGAAACACACCCCCCCUUCCCCCAAGCAAACUUUCUUUUUUUUUUUUUUAAAGACGGUAAAGUCCAGCACUUGUCCAUUAAGUCAUAUGAAGCAUGUUGUACUUGUUUUUAUCAGUAUUAUUGACCGUGUCCCACAUGACUGGAUGACAUGCAGUUUUUCUUAUUUUGUAAAAAAAUAUCCUGCUUACCUUAUUUUGAAGGAGUGUUCGGGCCAUGCUGAAAAUAACACAAUAGUUCCCUUACCAGGACAAAAGGAUGAAAAUAUAGUGCUAA